CCGGUAUACACGACAGUGUGCAAACUCACCGCACCGUAUUUUCUUUGUUUGUUUUAUUUUAUUCGUCUGCGGUGGUCUGCGCUGAGUUUAUCUACGUUGGCGAACGCUCGAGUAGCGUUUUCUGAACGCAGUUCGCCGUACUGACAGUCUUGCUCCGCUCGUCUUGGUGGUUUCCGAAGGGAAACUGGUUGUUUUUCAUGUGAUAAGUGAAAGUUUUGAACUAUUUUCCUGGUUUUCGAGUUGGCUUUUAUAACUAUAGGCUUCAGAGUGUAGAAGUUCAGAAUUACUAGAGCGAUUUGUAUCAUCUGCAGAUAGUAGUAGUACCGGUACCUGCGGGUUCGGACAUGGUACCGGUACCUAUCCGCCCAUGGUAAUUAAUUUUGUGCUGGGUAGUGUGUUCUUAUGGUUUACUACAAUCUGACAAUAUCGUUAGACUACCGGUAUUCAAAUCAUCGAGCUUUCACCAAUUUGGAUUUUUUUCAGCAAUUGAAUAGGUGCGGUAGUCAGUUUUAAUUUAAUAUGGAGGAAAAACUCAUUGCUCUAGUUGAGGAAUAUCCUUGCCUGUAUAAUACCACACAGGACUCGUACCGCCGAAAGGAUUUCAAAGGCAAUGCUUGGGCAGAGAUAGCUCGAGAGAUGGGUAUGCCAUGGCAAGAAUGCGAGAAUAAGUGGAAAAACCUUCGAGAUAAAUAUAGGAGGGAAAAGAAGAAAAGGGCAGAAUUGAAAUCUGGUGCGGCGGCAAGUCAUCGGGUUGAGUGGAGCCUUAUGAGAUCCUUAGAGUUCCUUGAACUGUUACAGCCAUGAGGAGUACAACAUCAAACCUGCCAAUGCCGGAUACACCAUCUUCGAGUGAUGUUGAUGUUACAUUGGAAGCGGUAUCAGCAGAUGAAACAGACCAAUUUCAACCACCUGUGGCAAAAAAGCGUAAAAGCAGCCGGGAUGACCUCAGUGCUGUGUUAGAAAAAUGGCAGCAGUCAUCAGAGAAAAUACAGGAAGAUCCUGAUGAACUCUUCUUGUUGAGCAUGGCUCACGAGGUUAAGACGAUGAGUGUGGAAAAAAGAUGGAGGUUCAAAGUUGGAGUCAUGAAUCUCAUUAAUGAAAUUAAAUACUCUAUUGAAUAAACUAUUGAUAUUACUUAAAUAUAAAUUUUCCUGAAUA